AUGAAAGAUAACGAUGCCCUUGCGGAACUCAAUGCCGAUCAAAACAAGUGGUUGGACCGUCACCUUUCGCCAGAUGGGAGAAUCCGCUCAUUCGCAAAGUAUUGUCCAUUGAUCGCGGCCACUUUUGCUCCCUUUUCAACAUUGAUGGAUAUUCCGGCGUUGAGCGAGAGGUGGUACUACAUAGAUGGGCAGAUCCAGCCGGACUAUAAAGCCUGUAUCGCUCUCUCCGCACUUGGACUAGGCCUAAACCUCAUAGCAAACGUGCUUCUCUUGAUCAGAUUCUCGGCUUCGAAACCAGGAUGGUCCAGGUACUCAACCUUGUUCUCAACCUUUCUAUGGAUAGGAAAGACGGCGGUAGCUCUGCUCAACUUGGCUAUCUUUGGAGCCUUGAUCACGCGAAAGCCCGGAUAUUCAUUCAGCGAAGGAUUUUGGUGUGCAGUUGUGUCGGUAAUCGUGGCAGGCACCAUCUCGCUGGCUUUGCUCCUGCACUUUCUUCUCGGGUACGACAUCAGAGAGGAGGAGAACCCUUUAGAUGUCGUCGACGUCCGUGCUGAAGGCCGAAAGUUCAUGCUAUCCGUGACUGUCUUCAUGGUCGUUCUGGGAUUCCAGUCACUCGCAUUUUCGAGGAUAGAGCAUUGGAGUUAUUCCGAUGCGAUCUACUUUUCCACCCAAACCGCCUUGACAAUCGGCUAUGGAGACUUAGUGCCUACAACGACAGCGGGCAAGGUCCUCGUCUUCAUCUUCUCCGUCCUGACGAUCUCUCAACUGGGUAACGAGAUUGCCUUGAUCAUCAGCUUCAUGCAAUCCCGUGCAGAAGUCCGAAGAGAGAAAUGGCGGAAGAAAUACGAAGAGGCCAUGCAUCGUGAGGCCAACUUGUUGAGGCCCAAGGCGACAUUGCUGGAAGAAAUGUCAUUGAUCUACGAGAUCAACUCCAGGGAGGAGUUGAUGAAUCAGAUUGUGGAUCUCAUGUGGAGCGCGAUCUCACUGGUCAUCUUCUGGGUUGCAGGUGCUGCCAUUUUUAAUGGACUCGAAGGCUGGGGCUAUGGCAACGCCGUUUACGCAGUCAUGGUCCUCUCGCUGACAAUCGGAUUUGGCGACUACACGCCGACCACUCCAGCUGGUCGUAUAGUCUUUGUGGUCUACGCGCUAAUGGCCGUACCCAUUGUCACAUCGUUUGCUGUCCAAACCAUCACUGGUCUACUCAGUACAUACUCAAACCGAGGCGAAAUUCGCGAUCGGUUCCGACGCGAUCGACAGCGAAACCCUCAAGCUUUUAUGGCCCACUCAGACUUCAUCCUCCACGCGCACGAAUCUUAUGCUGAAAUGCGCGUUCGCCUACUAGGAGAAAAGAUCGAAGCGGAAAAGGUGGAUCCCACGUAUCAUGAGCGAAAGUCUCGCAUGAUGGGCCAAGCUUCAUCGGAAUCCGAACCUCCUAGCGCAGAAUCAUCGAGCUCGCAGACGGUCGUCACCGCAAGUGAGGCCGACACUCGGAAACAGAGACCGCACAUCAAGACUGAGGGCUUGGGCGCCGUAUCUUCUCCUAUGAUUCCGGUGAUGAAAGCUCAUGCGAGACAUCAAACAAAGCACACUGACAAUGGAAAGAGGAAGCAGUUGGAUCAUCAUACCUCUGCGCCUUUGUUGCAUCCCGGGUCAUGGCGAGACAUCAUGAAGGAGGAGAAGGAUCGUAUAGAGGAACAUUGGCCGGACAAACCUCUGAACGAGAUUGAGAACAUGGUCCAAAAGGCUCACAGGGAUGUCGAGGCCAUUAUAUCCUCUCGCAAUUCUCGACCGAGUUCUUUCCAGCGCAUCGGGUCCGAUCCGAAAGAAGAGGAGGCGUACUUGAAGGACGAAGCCAAAGCCCAGGAGCUUGAGACGGAAAUGCUUAAGAAACUCAUGAAACUGGUCAUCCAGCUUGAAGCUGAAGCUAGGCAGAUGCUAUUAGAUAGUAUGGAGAAGGGCGUAGCGAGGAUGCUUCUGCGAGCCGACAGGAAUGUACAAGAACGCGACGUCAGAGCGGUGAGAGGGGAUGACGCCGAUAUGAUUGCCAUUUGGCGCGGCGUCGACAAGGAGAACGAAGAGAACCAUACAAGGUUCCCGUCAAUGUCAAAUUCCAUGGACUUGCUCUCCAAAGUCAGCAGAUACCGUAAUACAUUUGCGACAAUCUUAGUUCUCGGCUCCAUAUUGCAACGAUUGUCAGGAGACGAUCUGAAGCGUUUUGAACGAUGGCAGGAACAUCAAGUCGGAGAAGCUCCAGUCUCACCGACGGAUCGUUCACGCUCCUCUCCACGCUCGCCCCGGUACGGUCCCCUGGGCAGUUUGACAGACGAACCUGUGCGAGGAUCAUCAGAAGACGACGAGGGCAUUCGUGGCAGGCAACGGAGCAGUUUCUCAGGUUUGACCAAGUUGAUUUUCGAUCAACAUUCGAAGCAAUUGAGGAAGGCUUCGACGGAGGAGGGGAGCUUGAAGUUGAACAAACAUGCAGCGAAGAGAGCUUUUGCUGGCGAGUUUUGA